AAGAUUUUUUUUAUAUAUUUUCAGGGCAGCCAAAAGGUGAUAUACACUGUUCUGACGUUUUGGGAGGCUCACACAAAUAACUUCUGUAAAUAAAGGAUUUGAUCUUCAAAAUAGAAACUAUUGUACGAGGAAAGUACAUCUCAACUCUAUUCAUUGUAUUUAGGACAUAACUUUGGUUAGCUGAAACAGAAGGAUUUUUUGUUGACGGGAUAUAGAGGCAGAACUCUGUUACCUCGAAUAUUUGCGCAAAAAUAGGGCAAAACAUUAUCUAAAAUAACAUAAGCCCUGUCUGAACUCCUCGUAGACUUUGAGAAUAUUCAAAUAAGCUUAUUUAACAACUCCCAAACUGUCUAAACGUGAUUCUUACUGCUGGUGAAACAAUUAAAUGCGCGCGGCUAACAGGUGGAUUCGACUGUAACUAAUUAGAAAUACAAGACAAUACGGUUCAUAAAGGUGUACCAAAUGAGAGAUAUGUAAAAUCUUCCGGGAGAAUAAAGAAUUAAAUGUCGGUAAUAUUAAUCGACAUGCAUUAGUAGAAUUCCUAACUACUGUUGGGAGUAUAUAAAUCAGUUUUAAACCGCUAAUUCAGAUAAUAAAUAUUCUUGGUAAAAUAGACGGUGCAUACUUAUCAAAGAUGAACAAUGCAAGAAUUAUAUUGUUUUGGCCAAUUAUGUGAGUUAACUGUGUUAUUUAUUGGAACUGAUACGCGUCUAUUUUAUUGUGAUUGAAUAUUUUCUUUACCACAGACGACGUGUUUGUAUCAGAGACAGUUUGGAGGUGGAAACAAUUUGCGUGGGAUCCAUAAAUAAGUUUAGUUCUGAUAUAAAAGAACUGUGAUUUGGAUACUUUGGUUCACAUAUACGAGUAUUGGUGUUUAAAGUCUGGACAGUGUGUGCAGUUAAUAAAAACAAUUUUUCAUAAUAUUUGGAAGUAACUAUUAAUAAGUAAAUAUUUGGAUUAACUGUUAUAUUAUCAACAGGACAAUUUAUUGUAAUACUGCCAUCGAAAAUUGACGAUAUAUCGUUUAUUUACCGGAAUCAUUUGAUAGUGAACGCGAUUAAAAUUGAUUUCUCAUUAAAAAAGAUCCUAUAAGUUUACAUUUUUUUCUCCAUAACUCAGAAAUUUAUAAGACAUUUUUGCGUUUGUGUGUCAGGUUAAAUCAAAUACAAGUAUAUUACCGAGAUCAACACAAACAAGUGCCAUAAUUUCAGAUGAUUGUUAUCAAUAAAAUUCUUUAUUAAUUAUGAUACAAGAAUAAACAAUAUGUAAACAUGUGUUAAACAGGUGUAAAAUAUGAUUUACAUCAUUUAACUAAUUCAUUAAAUCAAGCAUCUAACGGUUCAUAUAUAUUUGUUGCUUGAAGGGCUGUUAUUAAAAAAUCAAAGAAAUAUAUGUUCAGUGCAAUUCAGAUUCCCAGCUUAGAUUUGCACUGAAACUUGGAACUCAUAUCAAAACUUGAUGUCUGAAAAGUAACAGUGGUAAAAGAUGAAUAAAAAAUUAUAACUUCCGGAAAGUAUUAAUAUUUCUGUACAAACAAUGGAAGUACAAAGAAUGACAUAUUAAGGAUAUCAUGUCUAAAAAAGAAUAUUUAUGACUAUCAAGUAUUGUUUCUUCUCUCAGUGGAAAUAUAUCUAACUGUCAUGGAAGCAAUAUCACCCGAGGGAAUCUAUCUAACAGCAUCCGAGAAAAGUACUUUAGAUCGCUCGUCGGAAUACUUGGUGUCACGUGUCAAUUUGACAAAUAUAAUGCUUGGCAAUCUAGCAAAUAGCACCGCGGGUUCAUUUCAAAUGAAUAAUAAUGGAAAUGCAGGAAAUGGUGCGACGUCGGAAUUUGAUAUCAUGAGUGAUUCAAUUUUAGCAACAAUGAACGAUUCACAGUUUCGUAUUUUAACACCGUCGUUUAUUCUGGUAUGUGUAUUAAUAGCCCUUGGGGUUCCUGGAAAUGCUAUUGCUUUGCUUGUGUACAUUACGAAAAUGAAACGGAGUACUGCAAGUUAUUUCAUUAUAACCCUUGCCUUCAGCGACUUGAUUAAUUGUUUAAUUAGCCUUCCUGUUGAACUGUACUUGAUAACUAACUUCUGGACAUUUGACAUUCCCUGGUUAUGCAAAUUAUCCAGAUUUCUCACUGCGGCUAUGAACAAUACAUCAUCGUUUGUGUUGGCCGCCAUUGCUGUGGAACGCUUCCGGUCUAUUUGUUUACCAUUAAAACCAAGGAUAUCGUCAACAUGUUGUAAAUGUAUUUGUGUAAGUCUAAUGUUCUGUGCUUGUCUGACGGCUGUACCAAUGAUUUUUGGAUAUGGAACAUUUACAUACACACUUGUGGCAUACAAUGUGACCGUUGAAGCUAAAACUUGCCUAGUUGACGACGAAGUUUUAAACACGUCAUAUCCAAAUAUACUGUUAAUGAUCUUCUUUGUAGGGCAUAUAAUUAUUUUUAUCAUAUUGGCAGUGCUAUAUACAUGCAUAGCAAAGAAACUUAUUUCUGGAACAAAGUUCAGUCAACCUGAAACAACAUCAAAGAACGUGCUUUUGCAGCGACAAAAUAGUGCUUACUCAAUAACUUCUUUUACAAAAGAGUCGAGGACAAGUGUGCGACUUUUAUCUAUGGAGAGUGAGCAUAGUUCGUACGGUAAACACAAACUUAUACGGUCAACCAGUAGCCAAUCAAAUAUUGAGUUUAACCUGUCUCGAAAACAUGGAGGACAUCACGUGCGAACAAAACGGUUGACAUGCAUGUUGUUUUUAGUUACAUCAGUAUUUGAAAUAAGUUUUAUUCCAUAUUUGGUUAUCGUGUGUAUACGUAAUCAACAUCCAGACUUGUACCAAAGUCUUUCUUUUCCUAACAAAAUGGCAUACCAGUUCUUUUUGAGAUCAUAUUUGAUAAAUUGUGCGAUGAAUCCGGUCAUCUACUGUUUUUACAACCAGAACUUUAGACAUGGUGUGAAACGAUUAUUCAAUGGCAUUAAAGAUUCAAUUAAGAAUAAGAUCAUGUCGUAAAUUGUGGUUUAUUGUCCUUAUGUGCUCUGUGUGUAUGUUGCUUGAUAAAUUUGAUUGAAAUCAAAUUUCUGAUUUGUGUGUGUUGUACACAUUGGAAAUAAAUAAAAAAGUAAGAUUU